AGUAACAAAUCAAAAUAAAAUUAUGGACAAAUAAAAACUCUAGUCCUUCAGAAAAAGAAAUAUUGUAAAUGCGGGUUACUAAAUACAAAUGAAUACAAAACAGUACCUACAAAUUUCCUUGGAACGACUUUUAAUUUUGACCUCAAUUUUUUAUUUCCAUUAUGGUCCUUGUGUUGUUGUGUAUUUAGCAUUUUGUUUUUCUUGGGUCAAUCAGCAUCACCACGUUUAGGCCACGACAUAAAAUUGAUCCGUUUAUUUUUGAGGCUCGCUCGCAUCUUCUUCCUCCUUUGGCGCAACCGCUUCUUCCUCUUCUAUUCUCACAGAUUUCUCUAAGCUCCCAACUUUGGAGCUAAAACUCAAUCAACACUACUCACAAUGCUACUCCAUUUCUCUCCGGCGAAACCCCUCAUUUCUCCACCCAAUCUCCGCCGCAAUUCACCCACAUUCCUCAUUUCCCCGCCGCGAUCUCUUCGAAUUCGAGCAAUCGACGCCGCCCAAAUCUUCGAUUACGAAACCCAACUCAAAUCCGAGUACCGCAAAUCCUCUGCUCUCAAAAUCGCCGUCUUGGGUUUCGGCAAUUUCGGCCAAUUCCUCUCCAAAACCCUAAUUCGACACGGCCACGAUCUAAUCACUCACUCCCGCUCCGAUUACUCCGACGCCGCAAACUCAAUCGGAGCUCGUUUCUUCGAUAACCCUCACGAUCUCUGUGAACAACAUCCCGACGUUGUCCUCCUCUGUACCUCAAUCCUCUCCACAGAAUCAGUCCUCAGAUCAUUCCCUUUCCAACGUCUCCGUCGUAGCACACUCUUCGUCGAUGUUCUCUCCGUUAAGGAAUUCCCAAAAGCCCUCUUCAUUAAAUACCUUCCUAAGGAGUUUGACAUUCUCUGUACUCAUCCAAUGUUUGGACCUGAGAGUGGUAAGCAUUCUUGGUCUGGCUUGCCCUUUGUCUACGAUAAGGUGAGAAUCGGAGACGCAGCUUCAAGACAAGAGAGGUGUGAGAAGUUUCUAAGAAUUUUUGAGAAUGAAGGUUGCAAGAUGGUUGAAAUGAGCUGUGAGAAGCAUGAUUAUUACGCAGCUGGAUCGCAAUUCGUGACGCAUACUAUGGGAAGGGUUUUGGAGAAAUAUGGAGUUGAGUCUUCGCCGAUUAACACCAAAGGUUAUGAGACGUUGUUGGAUUUGGUGGAGAACACAUCGAGUGAUAGCUUUGAGCUUUUCUACGGUUUGUUUAUGUAUAAUCCGAAUGCUCUUGAACAGUUGGAGAGAUUGGAUAUGGCUUUUGAGUCUGUUAAGAAGGAGCUGUUUGGGAGAUUACAUCAGCAAUACAGGAAGCAAAUGUUUGGUGGGGAGGUUCAAUCGCCCAAGAAAACUGAGCAGAAAUUGCUCAAUGAUGGUGGUGUUGUUCCUAUGAAUGAUAUAUCAUCAUCAUCAUCAUCAUCAUCAUCAUCAUCUUAAGAUCACAAGUUUGAUUGGAUUAUGCUAGAUUCAAAAAUAAAAAGUUGUGACUUUUUUGGAAAACGUCAAGAGUGGAAAAUAAAAAAGGGAUUUUGGUGUGUUCAUAUGUAUGUUGGGGUCUCUUUUGGCUUGGUAUCAAUAAACUUGUCUUUUUUUCUCUAAAUGUAUCUGUGGAAAUGCUUAUCCCUCUGGUCGCCGGAAACAAAUACGGACAAAUUGUCUCCUUCUCCGGCCAUAUUUGUAUUGGAUCAACAUUGUAUUGCUCAAAAGUCAUUACUGUUUUUCUCUGUCUCCAAUGAUCUCGGGUCACCCACCCGAUUCGGAUCAGG